GCCAGUGCCAGCGGGGCCCCGUGGGGGGCGGGGGCGAUGCUCGUGGGCCCGCGGCAACCCCCGCCCCCACUAUGUGGUGCGUGGCGCCCCCGCCCCACCCCCGUCCCGGGGCCUCAGACUUGCCCUCCGCCCAGCUGCUCCGUGGGGCCCCGGGAGGAGCCGGCGGUGCCGGGGUCCCAGCUGGGCCCAUCGCGGGCUGCGCGGGGCCGCGGGCGGGACAGGCUGAGCCGGGUUGCCAGGAGCCAGGACCCGAGUGCCUUCCCCGCAGAUGGCACGAAGUCCCUGUACCCGUGCUUUCCUGUUCACGUUUGCAGCCUCCGCCAUGAUCCGUUUCUUGCAGAAAGGCCGCGCAGAAGCUUUCCCGCCUGCUUCUCUUCUUCGAGGCCCACCUGGCUCCGCCGUCCUGGGGAGCAGGCGGCUCAGAGGCUGUGCGGACCCACGGUUCCAGGCUGGGCCUUCCCCGGCGGUCCCCUGAAGGAGGAGGGCAGCGCGCUGGUGCUGGUUCAAGGAUGGACGCGGCCAAGGUUGCCUUCUAAUGGAAGAAAAUGGAGUUGAUCAUGAUGUCAGCAUGGAGAGAGCCAAAGACUUACUGGUAGUCAACUUGAAUAGGACGGGAGAGUCAGAAAUACAUGGCCAUUCGUUUCAGCAUCUAACCUGCAUGGAUUCCAGAGAACCGUCAUUUGGACAGAACGACUCUCCAACAGUCUUGCCCAUUACAGUGCAUGUUUCGGACAGUUCUUCUGCACCUUCAAAUAAAGCAGUUCACCUGUCCCAGCAGCAGCCUCCUUCCAUAGAAGAAUUUCAUCUAGUAGACCCGAAUGGUCAGCCUCUCUAUGAGCUUCAGUCAAUAGGGGGUUCCAGUACACAGAUGAUGAUUGUUGCCAGCCAGUCAGAAAAUGGACAGGUAUUACAUGUAAUACCUUCUACCCAGCCAGGAAUGGCGCAAGUGAUUAUUCCUCAAGGGCAGCUUUUGGAUGUAACCAGCGCUCAAGAUGUUUCAGAAGAUAAACGCAAUGCUGGGAACUUACAGACUGUUGCAGUGGCUGCUAUUGCAGAUGGUACAAGCAGUUAUAUCCUUCAUCCUCACGCGUCCCUCACAGUCUCCAAAAAGACAGGUUCCAGGAUGGUGGAAGACCCUUUUCCUGUCCCUCUUCAACCACUACCCCCAAACACUCCUGCGUGGGCUCGUCGUCUCAGGCACUGCGAGAAAAUUGGGGACUCGUACCGUGGCUAUUGUGUGAGCGAGACAGAAUUAGAGAGUGUUCUAACGCUACACAAGCAGCAAACACAAAGUGUGUGGGGGACACGCCAGUCUCCAAGCCCAGCCAAACCUGCCACACGGUUGAUGUGGAAAUCUCAGUAUGUCCCAUAUGAUGGGAUCCCUUUUGUCAAUGCAGGAAGUAGAGCCAUUGUGAUGGAGUGCCAGUAUGGGCCAAGGAGGAAAGGUUUCCAGCCCCGAAAAGCUGGUGAGCAGGAAAAUUCCUCAGGCCAUCUGUACAAAGCCACUUGUCCAGCGCGAAUCUAUAUUAAAAAGGUUCAAAAGUUUCCUGAGUACAGAGUUCCUACUGACCCCAAAAUUGACAAGAAAAUCAUACGAGUGGAGCAAGAGAAAGCAUUCAACAUGCUGAAGAAGAAUUUGAUGGAUGCAGGAGGGGUUCUCAGGUGGUAUGUGCAGUUACCCACCCAGCAAGCGCACCAGUACCAUGAAAUGGAGCCCUUCUGCCUUCCUCUUUCACCCUCCCAUUUCCCCAUAUCUUCUCCUGAGGAAGAGGAAGAUGGACUGAGAGAUGAGAACUGUGCUUUGCCCUCUCGGCUUCAUCCGCAAGUAGCAGAUAAAAUCCGAGAACUGGUAUCUCAGGGAACAGAACAAGUGUAUGCUGUGAGGAAACAACUAAGAAAAUAUGUGGAACGCGAGCUUUUCAAACCGGAUGAAGUGCCAGAGAGGCAUAACCUGUCUUUUUUCCCCACUGUGAAUGACAUCAAGAACCACAUCCAUGAGGUGCAGAAGUCCCUGAGAAAUGGGGAGAUGGUGUAUAACUCUGAAAGCAUCCCAGCAACGUUGCAGUGGACCACAGACAGUGGGAAUAUAUUCACGGAGACAGUAACUGUUACAUUUGCAUCACCACCUGCAGAGGGGAGCUCACCAGGAGAAUCCGUCAUCACCAAAGUGGAACACAGUCAGACUGAGGAGUCCUUGCCUCUGGAGACAGCUCAGCUAUUGUCUUCACUCUCAUCACUCCGGCCCAAGAUAUUUGCACAACUUCAGGGAUUGCAGCUGCAGCCAACAUAUGCCUCUACAGAUGGAGCAUCAGCCCUCAUAGCUGUAAAUAGCCACUCUCUUCCCAGCCCCGCCACCCUUCUGGAUUCCAUAGGGAGUGCAAUAACUAACCACUCUCUAGUACUCAGCCAAGGACAUAACCUUCAAACAGGUGCCAGUUUAACGCAGGGCAACAUUAAUGCUUCCAGUCUUGGAAAUCUGCCUGUACCAGAUCAAAAUUUGGUUGCUAUGGGCCAACUGGUAACUGUCAGAGGUGUGGAGGACACAGGAAACUUGGAAGGAAGUAUCCAUCAGAUUCUUUUGGGAGAUGUACAAACUAUUCCAAUACGGAUAGUGGACAACCACCCAGCUCUUAUUGAAGAAAAUCCUGAAGGUACCGUAUGUGUGGGCCAAGUUAAACAAGAACCCAGAGAACAAGCAUUGUCUGUAGAGGGAGAUAAAAUCAGAGACUGCCACAGCUCCUCCACUAUUUAAAUCUAUGAAUGCUUUAAGGAUUUGCAACUCAGAGGACUCUACACUUCUUGGAAAAGAAGGCGAAUAUUCUCAAAAUAAUGCCAUUCUUCAAAAUGGCAUUGUGACAUUCAUCGUAGGCACCAUGUACUAGUUCUGACAGACCGCUGCUUUGAUUUACAGCUGAUACGGUUCACUGCCAAUUCCAGGUCAUGCAGCUCCCAUGUGGAGCACGACCUCCCUCUUCCUUCCAAAUUUUGGGUAAUUCAUAUAUUAUCCAGACUGGUCAGUGUUUCAGCAGGUCUUCCACAAUUAAAUCCAUGAGUUCUAUAAUGUGGGUCUAAAAACUGCUCUUGCUAGUCUCUUUGAAACCCUUUCUUGUCUUGGUUCUCCGAAGGCGCACAAUCUGCCCUGAAAUAUUAAUUGUAUCUACAAUGACAAUAGUUUUAUGGGAAAACUAAUGUCUUUGAAAAGCAAGAUGCUAAACUUAAGAGUGCUGAGGGAUAGCAGACAUUUGAAAAAUGUGGGCUGGAACUCUAGGAGUUUUAGUGAAGUAAAGAUAAAGAAAAAAAGGGAAAGUGCUGUUGCCACAUGAAAGCAAAGAUGUAUAAUGAACAGAAGUGUAUGGAUUGAAGUGGUAAAGGAGUCUUUAUGUUUUGCCACUUACAUUUAGCCUUCUGGCAUUUACAAUGGGGUUUAUUUUCUCAGCCUGCAGUCUUUAUUCUGAAAGGGCAGCUGCCAGCUGGUCAUAAUAACCAAAAGCAACAGUCCUGUCUCUUGGUGAAUGAUUACUUCAGCUUAUUUCUCUUUUACUUUGUGCACUUACACCAUGCAUUCAGAUAAGCAUUAUACAGUUUAACACAUUGAUGUUUACAGGGAAGGUAUUAGUGGUACCAUGCUACAAAAGAGCCUCCCAAACCUUUAGCUACCUGAGGAAUUGAUACAAGCAAUAGGAAUACAAGCAAUAUGCAUAAGUAUGCUGUUUUCAGUAUUCGGAGAAUAAAUGAGUUUCUCAAAUUUUAACCAGAAACCAGUUAAAAGUCCUUUUCGGAUUUAAAAAGGUUCUGUAUUGUUUCUAAUAGAUUACAGGUAUAUUUAAGGAGCGAAUUCAAUUAAGAUUAGAGGAAUUUUUUUUCUACAUCAUAUUCCAGCAUUAGCUAGGCCCCUAUUAAACAGUAAAAAUAGUCAUAGUCAGCAUGACAAGCAUCAUUCUUAACAAAUGCCUCAUGCUUUCAGAAAGUAUAUACAAAUCAGUUUUAAGCACUAAGUGAAAUUUUAAAAAAGGUCCAUUAUAACUUCCAAAUUAACUCUAAUUGGUUUGCUUCAGCUACUGAGUUUUAGUCUGUCAUUCUCAACCACUAUAGGUAAAGCUUUAACAGCAUUUCCACUAUUAAUCCCUAUUUCAAGUGAUUGAUAACUCAGUAAUUUUUAAUAAAUCAUUAUAACUUGUAUGACUUUCAGAAACUUGACCCAAGAACUUUUUCCAUUUACAUAUUCAUCCCAAAAAAACAGCUUGUCAAUUUUAUCUACUGAUGUGAAAAAAAGAAAGAAUUGUAAGUGUUUGUAGAUGAAAGGAUAAAAAAAGAUACACUUAACAUAUGCAAAGAAUGUGCAAAAAUCUAUAACUAUUAGACAUUUGAAAUUAUUUUUGACCUUUAAAUGUUACCAGUGUUAGGUUACAGAUUUUUUACAGUAAAAAACCUAAGUUCACAACAGUUUUAAAUUCUCACUGUUCUUGUUUCUCCAGGGAGCAGGAUACUCAUUUAAUAGUUACUGUUCUCCCUAAUUUGAUUCAUUAAUUAUCUGAUCUACAAUAAACAAGGAUAUAAACUUCUGUUCGUGGUGAUGCAGACUGUUAAAGGAAAUACUUCUUCCAUUCAUUUUCAAUAGCAGCCUGAGUGCCUAUUUAUAAUCUACGUGGAAUUGCACACUACUCUGUAAAGAAUAGAAUAAAAAUGUUGCCAUUAAAAGGAGAUAAGAUAUUAAAGGGCAGCAAUGUAGUAGAAUAAAUUACAAACAAAUAAAAAUGUUACAAGCCUAUUUCUCUAGUUUGUUCAUAGAAACAUGAAAAAUCAUUUGUUUUUCAUUUUGAACUGCUUUUUUUUGCUGAAACUCAUAGUUUAUAAAAAAAACUUCAGCUUCUCAAAAUUCGAAUUCUUCUAUCCUCAGGUUUUUUGCUAGUGUCAUUCUUUGAGAUACCACAGUCCUCCCUCAUACAAAGUUAUGUUUAUGUAAUUUGUCAUGUUUCACAAAAAACUGAAGUGAACUGGGCACAUAGACCUAGUCAUUUUACUCAGAUUGAUAGUGGACUAGUUUUCAGUGGAAGGUUACAGUUGAGAGAGACCUUUCUUCUCUCAUGUAUAUUUGUGUAAAUCAGAAAUAAAAUGCAUUGAUUUCAGUGCAGUCAGACUGGUUGAGUGAGAGACCAAUCAAGCCCAGUGCUUUUUUGAGAAUGUUGCAGUAAGAUCCUUAGAAAUUUGGGUUUGAGUUUACAUUGAAAGCAGUUGGUUAUGAGUUUACAGUAGCAGUGGUUCUAAUGUUACAUCCAUUUCUUUAGGGUUGUCCUGUUCAAACCUUUACUUUCCAUGCCUACUAAUGUUGAGCUUCCACAUUUGUUUAAAACAGUCUAAUUCUUUACUGAUCUUUCCUCUAUGUAUCAGUUGCUAAUGGCAGCAAUUGGUCAGUUACAUAAGGGCUUUGUGUGUGUGCAUGCUCGCAAAAACUCUGCUAAAAUGCAGAAAAAACACUUGAGAGAUAUGAGUCUGUUUUAUGUACAAAGAUAGAAGCCUCUCAGAUGGAAGCCAACAGAGUCAACUGGUCAUCUGUUCUUUUUUGUGUUAUUGAGACACAAGCUUGAUGGUGUGCUUAUGAGGAAACUUUCAGCUUGUAUGAAGUCUAAAGAGGGGAAUGUACAUGUAUGUUUGUGUAUAUACAUUUGUGUACAUAUAAAUACAUAUAUGUGUGUGUGUGUGUGUGUGUGUGUGUGUGUGUAUGUAUAUAUAUAUAUAUAUAUAUAUACUGUAACAAUGUAUAGUGUUCUUUGUUUGGUUGUAAAGUUUUUUUUUUUAAAACAAGA